AAGCCAUAAGAUAAGAGAAAGCAAUGGCCUCUGAAAGAGUAGCUUUGAUGAUAUUUCUCUUAUCCCUUUUCACGCUCUCUUCCUCACGCCCUGACAAUGCUGGCAUUGCUGUGUACUGGGGACGAAACCUUCAAGAAGGCGAUUUGGUGAGCGCAUGUGACACUGGGAACUACAAGAUUGUGCUCCUCGCUUUCCUCAACAACUUCGGUGCAGGGAGAACCUCAGCUUGGGACUUCGCCGCUCACUGCGACAAUGGUGCUGCGGAAAAGUGCACCGAACUAGAGUCCGAAAUAAAAUACUGUCAGGAACAACGCGUGAAAGUGUUCCUUUCAAUCGGAGGAGACCCUGACGAUUCAGACUACUCCCUGAGCUCGCGGGACGACGCAAAGGAGGUGGCGAAAUACCUGUACGACAACUUCCUGAGCGGGCAAUACGGUCCACUGGGAAGCGUGAAGCUGGACGGCAUCGACUUCCACAUUGAACAGACGGAGAAUUACUGGGACGACCUUGCAUGGGAACUCGACUUCUUCCGACAAACGACGAGCCGUCGGUUUUACUUGUCGGCAGCCCCUAAGUGCCUCACAUACCCUAUCCCCUAUCUCGGCAAAGCCAUCGCCACCAAGCUCUUCGACUACAUCUUCGUUCAGUUCUACAACAACCCUAGUUGCUCCAACACCACUGGCACUGAAGCCCUCUUGAGCUCCUGGAACAAAUGGGUCGGCUUGGUCGCUUCCAAUAACUCCCUCUUUCUGGGUUUGCCUGCAGGGCCAACCGCCGGUGAGGGUUACAUUUCGCCGGAUCUCCUCAAACGCCGGGUGCUUCCGCAAGCCAAGAAAGCCCACAACUACGGCGGAGUCAUGCUGUGGGAUAGAUUCCGCGAUUUUCAGACUGGUUACAGUGAUCAAAUAUUGCUGAAUGUCAACGACCACGUCUCUUCCAACUCCGUUUCCGACGCUAUUUACCGCUGCGUCUCCAAGGCCUUCAACCGCGUCAUAGAUUACUAAGUACUUCAAAUCUACCACCACCUUAGACAUGUUUUAUUUUAUCUUACGUACGGAAUAAAUAACAUGUCACUUAUCUACAUCCCUUCCCUAAACUCUUCCUCCUCCCACCUCCUCUCAUCUUUGUCUCUUUGUCUCAGUUCAUGUAAUGGGAAACAAUGGCUCUUUUACUUCCACUUAUUAUAUCUAUAAUAAACUCUCCCAUCUUUUCUUUCUUUUAAA